AUGAAUACUGCUACCGUUUCUCGUACAGACAGCAUUUUGGAAAACAAAUCACCUCUUCUCAAAACCGAAUCAGAUAGCAACCGAAUCAACAUGACAGCAGCCCCAGCAACCAAACGACGUCUUUCCACCGAGCAUGUUCCCGAUAAAAGAAGCAAGUCUGAAACAACUACCACAGCAGCUUCUACACCUCCCAACAAGUCGAAAAUGAUGGUCAGCUCGGAACGUAUUGUAAAGGCUUCAGAAACAACCUAUCGACCCUAUUUCACUGUGCAGAAUGCCAACAACGACGGCAGCCAAGAAAAGGAAUUGACCGUAACUUUGGAGUAUCCUGGUGAUAGUGAAAGAUUCUUAUUGGUUUGGCCCGUUGUUAAGAAUGGAUCGCAUCAAGAAGAGGAGGAUAAGGAUGAGUACAAUCCCAUUACGGAUCUAGUGCGCACAGUCUAUUUCAUCUACGAUUGCUAUCUUACGCCCGAGCAACAAAAGCUGUUGGGAGAUGAGAGCCAUGGGAUUUUGCGUAACCUUAACAAGUACCGGAAUCGACGUAACGGCGAUGGAUUUGUGCAAGCUGUGCAAGAUUUCAACAAGGUGAUUUCGGAUCUCAAGGCGAAGGGGGAGCUCAGCAAGAAUGCAAAGGCGCUCAAGCAUCCUGGGUAUGAUCUUACAUGCCACAUUCUGUACCAAGUGUAUAGUCGUACAGUGGCAAGGCAGGCAGAGGCACUUAAUAAUUAUCAAGCAUUCUCAAACAAUGUCUAUGGCGAGAUCAAUCCUGUGCUUAUCAACGAAUUCAUCUCCAAGACCAAGAUCAAUUCGCACAGUGUAUUCAUGGAUAUGGGCUGUGGUAUUGGUAAUGUGGUAUUGCAAGUGGCAGCACAAACAGGAUGCGAGGCUUAUGGUAUUGAGAUUAUGGAUCUCCCAUGCAAAUGUGCCAAGCGACAACUGAAAGAAUAUGCAGCACGGAUGAAGGCAUGGCGACUUCCAACGGGCAAAAUCCAUUUUCGUCAUGGUGAUUUUCUGGACGUGGGCACAAGUGACUUGUACGCAACGCUGAAACGAGCCGAUGUGUUGCUGGUGAACAAUUAUGCUUUCGACUGGCAAACAAAUCACUCCUUGGCACAACUCUUUUUGGAUCUCAAGGAAGGUACCAAGAUCAUUUCAUUAAAAUCGUUUGUCCCAAAGAGUCACAAGAUCAAUCAGCGGACAUUCCACAUGCCAGAAUCCAUCUUGCGAGUGGAGGAAUUCGAAUACUUUUCAGAAGCUGUAAGCUGGACGAACAAUGGUGGUACCUAUUACGUGGCAACUAUAGAUAGAAGUCGUCUCAAGCCCUUUUAUGAAGGAAUGUACCGUAGGAGUCAACGAUGA